CAACCCUCGAAGCGGCGCGUGCCCCGCCAUCGUCGGGCGACAACCGUCCGCAACACCAGGCAAAUACCGUGUCGGUGACGUUGCCAACCAGCGGGGCUGGCUGCUCUCGUGAGAGCCUCAUGUCUAAGAUCUCCACAAUACACGCUCGCUACACUUUCCCUGCUUUUUCCAGCAUCCCGAGUACUUAAUAGCCACCAGCUGACAUUCUGAGUUCAUCAUCAUCAGUAACUGUUCAACAAUACCGCAAAUAUGUCCAUGUCAAUCGAAGAAUGCCAGACCCCGCGCCCGGGCUUCCCCAAGCCGGUGCCAGAGGGGCCAUCUAACGUCUUGGACCAGUUCAGCAUGAAGGGCAAGGUCGUUGUCGUUACAGGUGCUGCGGAAGGCAUUGGCGGCGCAGUCGCUGACGCUAUUGCUGAGGCUGGUGGAGACGUAGCGUUGUGGUACAACUCCAACCCUGAGGCGGAGAAGCGCGCAGAGCGCCUCGCAAAGGAGCACUCGGUCAAGACAAAAGCCUACAGCGUCAACAUCACAGAUCCAGAGGCCGUCAAGUCGAGCCUCGACAAGGUCGUCGCUGAGUUCGGCAGAGUCGAUGUCUUCGUCGCCAACGCAGGGACUGGCGACUCGCAGCCCCUUCUCGAGCAGACCCUGGACGCGUACCGCAACCUGAUGGCCGUCAACGUCGACGGUCCCGUCUACUGCGCCAAGUACGCGGGCCAGAUCUUCAAGAAGCAGGGAUUCGGUAACUUGAUCCUUACCGGCUCCAUCUCAAGUCACAUCGUCAACGUGCCUGUUGACCAGCCCAUCUACAACGGCAGCAAGGCUUUCAUCACACACAUGGGCAAGAGCUUGGCACGGGAGUGGAGAGACUUUGCUCGCGUCAACAUUGUCAGCCCUGGCUUCUUCGACACAAAGAUGGGUGCUGGACCACAGGUCAUCACAGAAGGAUUGAGGAUGAUCACCCUCGGGAGACAGGGUAACACCAGGGAAAUCAAGGGUGUGUACUUGUUCCUGGCGAGCGACGCGUCAAGCUAUGUCACCGGAAGUGACUAUCUGAUUGACGGAGGUUAUGUCCUACCUUAGAAGCAGUGAGAGAAAGAAGAAAGAAGGAAAGAAAGUGAAAAGUUCACCGCCAGCCCGCGCGAUUCCAACCUUCUGUGGUAACCUGGUUGCACAUUUUUGUUGUAAGCCUACUGAUCCGCCCUACUUUUCGC